AUCUAAUACUACAAUACCAUAUUAAGUUCAUCAACCAAUUAACCCCACUCCAAACUCAAGUACUACAAGCCACCCAAAAACCAAACAAUGCAAUCCUCAAUAUCACCUCCAACUUUGUCCAAAACCGAUUCCAGUCAUAGAAACCCAUAACACAACAAGACAAACCAACAACAAACAAUCAACCCAUCUCCUUCCAUCCAUUUCCCCAAACACUCUUCCCCUCACCACCAUACAAACCUCCCCACUUUGACAAAAAAUAUCCAAAACAAAAACAAAUAAAACUAAAAACUAAAAAUCCAAAAACCACUCAGUGAGUGAGCUUAGCUUAGCCCAAAAAAAUACCCCAAAAAUGGCGAUUUGCACACCACUCAACUCCUCAACUUACUCCUCCAUCAUCCCCCAGCAGAACCACCACGACGCCGCCGUCUCCUUCGCCAGAAGAGCCUGCUGGAGAGCCACCAGCAGCCACCGCCCCCGCCGCGGCUUCACCGUGAUAACAUGCGCCUCCUCCGACGCAGGGACCGUGGUGAUCGGGCUGGCGGCGGACUCCGGGUGCGGGAAGAGCACGUUCAUGCGGCGGCUGACCAGCGUGUUCGGCGGCGCCGCCGAGCCGCCCAAGGGCGGGAACCCGGACUCCAACACCCUGAUCAGCGACACCACCACCGUCAUCUGCCUCGACGACUACCACUCCCUCGACCGGACGGGGAGGAAGGAGAAGGGCGUCACGGCGCUGGACCCCAAAGCCAAUGACUUUGACCUGAUGUACGACCAGGUCAAGGCGUUGAAAUCCGGCGUCGCGGUGGAGAAGCCCAUUUACAACCACGUCACCGGUUUGCUUGACCCGGCCGAGGUUAUCAAGCCGCCCAAGAUCCUCGUCAUCGAAGGCCUCCACCCAAUGUUCGAUGAGCGCGUGAGGAAGCUGCUGGACUUCAGCAUCUACUUGGACAUCAGCAAUGAAGUCAAAUUUGCAUGGAAAAUUCAAAGGGACAUGGCUGAAAGAGGGCACAGCCUGGAGAGCAUCAAGGCGAGCAUUGAAGCCCGAAAGCCCGAUUUCGACGCCUACAUUGAUCCACAGAAGCAGUACGCUGACGCGGUGAUCGAGGUGCUUCCCACGACACUGAUCCCCGACGACAAUGAGGGCAAGGUUUUGAGGGUGAGGUUGAUCAUGAAGGAAGGCGUCAAGUUCUUCAACCCGGUCUACUUGUUCGAUGAAGGCUCCACCAUCUCAUGGAUCCCUUGUGGGAGGAAGCUUACUUGCUCCUACCCUGGCAUCAAGUUCACGUACGGCCCCGACACCUACUUCGGUCAAGAGGUGUCCGUGCUGGAGAUGGACGGGCAGUUCGACAGACUGGACGAGCUGAUCUAUGUAGAGAGUCACUUGAGCAACCUCUCUACCAAGUUCUACGGUGAAGUCACUCAACAGAUGUUGAAGCAUGCUGAUUUCCCAGGCAGCAACAAUGGCACGGGUCUCUUCCAGACCAUCGUCGGCUUGAAAAUCAGAGACCUCUUCGAGCAACUUGUCGCAUCCAAGGCCAAAUCUCCGGUAGAGGCCAAAGCUUGAGUUCCCCCAAAGGAACCAAACUCCUUUCCCCCACAUAAAAUUCUUAUUCCUCUGUUCUUCUAUUCUGACUCUCAGUUACAGCCUUUUGUUCUGAGCUUCAAUCGCGUAAAAUGAGCUGUAAUAUGUAUAAAACAAACCCAGAAAGCAAAAAAAGAGGCAGAAGACAAUAAUUCAGUUAUCAGAAUCGUGUACCAUCGCAUUGUCGUAGCGUCACAGAAAGCAUAGAUGAACGAUGAAAGUUGAUGGUGAUGUCAACACUGUUACUAGCUUUUCCUCAGCAGUUUACUCGCUUAUAUCGACCUUCAAUACAUCUCCUUCCUUCUGAAUCAAGUUAUCUUAGGCCCUAUCUUACUUGUACAAUAGAAUGCUGCUGACAGAACUCAAACAAACUGCAGAUAAAACCUAAAACAGAUCCCAUUCUGGCAACAAGAAUUUAAGGCACGCCAUGAACAACUUUGCCCUAGUGCCAAACAAAUCCAUGGGAGAGACACAUAACAGGUGAGCCAAUUGACUUGUUCUAGGAUACAUUUACUAUUUAGCCAACAUCUACUAUACAACACAAAACACCAAAGAAAAUUACAAGGGACUAGUUAAAACAAGACAAUAAGGUGAGCUCCGGCUAUCUGGUUCCAGUAGCGCUAUGUACUACGAUAUGCACCAUUCCCAGAUGUCUGACAGCAGCACACUAUAGGUCUAUUUGAUUGUAACAAACUUGUUAGUGCCGUGUCUAGCCCAAUGAUCCUUCAAAUCCACCGGACAAAACAGAUCACAGCCUUCGGCUGCCAGUUUGUGCAGGAGCUUCGUGUAAGCCCCGUUGCUCAUUUUCCUCCCAGCGACACGAGCACCAGGCCUCGUGGAACUCAUAGGCAGAGGAUAUUCGGAAAUGUUUAUAGUACAACAAGAGGAUUGCCACCCACCAGCGCCCCACUUGUAGCAAACUCUAGGGACACCAGUGCAAGAGCAAACUGGGGAAGGCACACCAGAGAAAUCAAAGUCCGAUUGAUGGAAAUCCACGUUCAGGUCCUUCUUCUCACGCUUGGCUUCAGGACAAGAGCUUGUCUUCUUCUUCAUCUUCUUUGACUGCUUUGGUUUCAAUGCCUUGGAAUGAGCUUUGUUAGAAGUAGCUUUCCUAGCCUUUGAAGUUUUACUGUUCGAGCUCUCUUCCUUCACCGGCUGCUCGACUGGUGCUGGAAUGGCACUUAUAGGAGCAACAGACGAACCUGGUUCAUGGCUGAGUUGGGUUCCAUCCGACGAACCGGAGUUUGAUUUCGGUGAUGCAAAGAGCUCCUCAGGGUAAAACCAGGUCAGAUGAGAAGGUGGUGAUUCAGCAGCUGAUUCAGGUAUGAGUAGGCUUCUGUUAGAGUAAGAAGCCAUCCCCGGAUACUAAUCGUUCGCUUCAAAUCACUAGAGGGUUUCCCGAUAAGAUCUAGCAGAGAGCUGGCCGAUCUUCUGUUACUGUUAAGAAACUUCAGUAGAUCGAUGAAGAUGGAGAAGAGACAGCGAGGUAGGUUUCGAGCUUCCGCAUAAUUUUCCGCCGCAAAUCGACUGCAAUUUUCAGAGUUCAGACCAUUGUUGAUCGUUCGUCGCCGUCACGAGGAGUAAUCAGUCUUCGCUAACUCGCUGCUGAGUCAGGCUUCCCGCACGCAGGAAGG